CCUGCCAACACGUCCCAAUUAUUUUCCACCCGAGCUUCCGAUAUUAAUUCCACAAAUAAAGGUGUUAUACAUCUUAAUGUUUGGUGUGAGUGAACGUGACAUAAUAGGUGUCUCUGAAAUGGCUACGCGCUAGUUCAGAAUGGUGGCCAACAUCGGCGGCAUCAACCCUACAAAUGUGGAAGCGACGGCGUACAUCAGUGCAGUAGCGGGUUUUGCGGCUGUGGUCCUGGUGGUGCUACUCUUCCUCGGCCGACGCUGGUGCUACGCCACAGUCUUCACGCGCAAAUGCUGCGAUGAAAUCCUCGCGGUCAACGCUCACAUCUCGGACCCCUGCUCCACUCUCGAUGACGCUAAAUUCGAUGCUUUGUCGAAACCAAACCAUUAUCCUGAACGUAUUUUCGCGUUCGAAACCUCCGACUCGGACGAGGAGCUGCGUUUGCGCAUUCAACAGGAUAAAGAAGAGGUAGAGUGUCAUUAUGAGGAGAAGAAUGAGAACGUGUCAGCACCGGUUAAGGUUGAGGUGCAGCUGGUGGAGACCGCGCUGAGGGAGACUAGGAUCGACGAGGUGGUACCCAAGAAGGCGGAAUACAUCCACACCCUGGAGGCACAGAGUAGCGUCGAUAGCGAUGUUCUUGCGCAUAAUGACACAUCACUGUUGUGCGGGGAGAGUGGUGGUGGGGGCGGUGGGGGCGGUGGGGGCGGUGAGGGGCGGGGCGCGGUGGAGCUGACGCUGCUGUACGACGCGCCGGUGCGCAGCAUGACGGUGCACGUGCUGCAAGCACGCGGUCUUCCGCAGCGCGCGCCCCCGCAGCUAUUGCAAAGCCAGGCAAGAAUUGUACUGUUGCCACUGAAAAAGCAAAAGUUUAAAUCGAAGAUCCGCAACGGCGAGAAUCCUCAGUACAUGGAGAGCUUCGUCCUGCACAAGAUUAAUCCAGAGGACGUGCACGGGCUAGGUCUAAGAAUCCGUAUCUACGGAUGUGAGCGCAUGCGCCGACAUCGGCUGCUGGGCGAGGCGGCCGUCAGCUUCGCCGCGCUCAACCUCGAGCUCGAGAACAACUUGUGGCUGCAGCUCGCGCCACGGCACCAUCAGCCCGUCAUGCAGCUGCCGAAACUAGAAUUGGACGGGUCAGUGACGGGCAUGUUGGCGAGCCCGUCAUCUCUGAGCGCGGGCGUUGGCAACGGGUUCGUGUCCGGGGGCGAGGCGUGCAGCCUGGCACGCUCCGACUCCGCCUCCUCGUGCUGCAGCGCGCGCUCCGCCCCCGAGCUGCUCCUCGGCCUGCAGUACAGCCCCACCACUGGACACUUGUCUGUUGAGAUAAUAAAAGGCACGCACUUCCGCAAGUUGUCGCCGCACAAGGCGCCGGACACAUACGUCAAGCUGUGCCUCAUCAGCUCUCUGGGCAUGGAGAUGGGCCGCUGCAAAUCCACCACGCGCCGCGCACAGUCCAACCCACUGUACAAGGAGCUGUUUAUAUUCCAGGUGGCGCUGUUCCAACUGACGGAAGUAACGCUGAUGGUGUCGGUGUGGUGGCGGCGCAGCGUGAAACGAAACGAGAUGGUGGGCUGGUUCUCGCUGGGGCACAGCUCCUCCGGCCGCGACGAGCAGCGUCAUUGGGAUGACCUCUGCCAGCGACAGGGCGAACAGGUACAACGGUGGCACGUGCUGCUGGACUCCUGACGGCCUCCGACGUAGCGUGUCUCAGCGACGCGCUUGGAAUUGGACACAAAAAUGAUAUGAGUGUGGCCGCACCGACGCCCGGUGCUUUUGCGUUGCGACCCCAUCGCUCGCCGACACUCACUACCCCCAGAGAACUUCGGAGUUGACUCGACAUACUGUCGCUUUUUUUAAGACCUUCUCCAGGUCUUUUGUCGAUUUACUAGAU